AUGGUUGCAUCGGAAGAAGCAUUGAAUGAUGCUGGGUGGGCUCCGACGAAGGAGGAGGACCUUGAGGCUACGGGUGUUUAUAUGGGGUCUGGCAUCGGAAGCUUGGACGAUGUGUACGAGACGACUGUUGCUUAUGAGAAGGGCGGAUAUCGCAAGGUGUCGCCUCUUUUUGUACCCCGCCUUUUAAUUAACCUUGCAGCUGGCCAUGUCUCUAUGCGAUACGGCUUCAAGGGGCCGAACCAUGCUGCAACAACGGCCUGCACAACAGGUGCCCACAGCAUCGGGGAUGCUUCACGGCUUAUUCAAUUUGGCGACGCAGAUGUAAUGGUCGCUGGUGGCGCGGAAUCUUGUAUUCACCCUCUUGCUAUCUCAGGCUUUGCACGAGCAAGGAGUCUGGCUACAGAUUGGAAUGACAAUCCGACAGAGGCAAGCAGACCAUUCGACAAAGACAGGGCUGGUUUCGUUAUUGGAGAGGGGGCUGGUGUCGUUGUUCUAGAGGAACUCGAACAUGCAAAGCGAAGAGGGGCAAAGAUAUAUGCCCAGGUCGCAGGCUACGGCUUAUCCAGCGACGCGCACCAUAUGACGGCACCACGCGAAGACGGCCAGGGUCCCCGCCUCGCUAUGAGGCAUGCGCUUCGACAUGCGGGCAUCAAACCCGACGCCGUUGACUAUGUGAACGCGCACGCUACAAGUACGUCUCUUGGAGACGCAGCUGAGAACAGGGCGAUCAAAGAACUACUCCUCGGCGAAAGUGGAAAGACCAAAGCCUCGGACAUCAACAUCAGCAGCACCAAGGGCGCGAUCGGUCAUCUUUUAGGUGCAGCCGGAAGUGUUGAAGCCAUCUUCACGGUGCUGGCACUUCAUAAUAACACCCUUCCCCCAACCUUGAACCUAAACACUCCCGGUGAUCCGCCGGAGGACUUUGAUUGUAAUUACGUCGCGCACACGGCGCAGCAACGUGAGGUAAACGUUGCACUCUCCAACAGCUUUGGCUUUGGAGGCACCAAUGCAUCGCUCUGCUUUGCAAAAAUUGAGGAUGUUGAGAUGUCAAUGAUCAAGAGCUGGAAGAACAAGGCAUCUACUUAUCACUCACGUGUUCCGUACCUGAACAAGCUUCCCUUUAACGCGAUAGCUAUCAUCGUCACCCUGAUUAUCAUCAAUAUUCUCGUAUGGGUAGCCGUGGGCAUAGUCCUACAUUUCCACACGCCUCUCAUUUCUACCGCAAUCCUCUCAUGGACGCUCGGUCUCCGCCAUGCCCUCGACGCAGAUCACAUCUCCGCUAUCGACCUCAUGACGCGGCGUCUCAUUGCAUCUGGCCAGCGCCCCGUCACCGUCGGUAUGUUCUUCAGCCUAGGCCACUCUACCAUCGUAAUCAUCACAUCUCUCGUCGUGGCGGGUACUGCAGCUGCCGUAUCCUCCAAGUUCGACAACUUUUCCCGCGUCGGCGGCAUCAUUGGGACUUCCGUCUCUGCAACGUUCCUGCUCCUCCUCGGCAUCAUGAACGUGUACAUCCUGUACAAGCUCAUCGUGCAAAUGAAGAAGAUGAUCAAUUCCGAACCUGGGACAGAGAACGAGCAGUUCAAGAUUCAGGGCGGGGGCUGUCUCUUCCCCAUCCUACAGCGGCUCUUUAAGCUCAUCGACCGCCCGUGGAAGAUGUAUCCGCUCGGUGUCAUGUUCGGCCUGGGUUUCGACACGUCAUCUGAGAUAGCAAUCUUAGGUAUCUCGAGCAUCCAGGCGGCGAACGGAACGACAAUAUGGCUUAUCCUGCUAUUUCCGCUGUUGUUUACCGCGGGCAUGUGCUUGCUCGAUACGACAGACGGGGCGCUGAUGAUGAGUCUGUAUACGAGUACGCAGUUGGCAAGGGACCCGAUUGCGAUUUGCUACUACAGUAUCGUGCUUACCAUUAUCACGGUCAUUGUGGCGACGGUCAUUGGGGUAGUGCAAUUCCUCAACUUGGCGCUGAAUGUGGCGGAGCCCGAAGGGAGGUUUUGGGAUGGCGUGGAGCGGUUGGGGGAGAGCUGGGAUAUCGUUGGUGGUGCCAUUUGUGGAGCAUUUGUAGUCUUCGGUGGUCUGAGCGUGUUGCUAUACAAGCCGUGGAGAAGACGCAUCGACCGGCAGCGUUUGAGAAAUGCGGCAUUCGAGCCUAUAGAAGCGCAAGUCGAUGCUGAGAUUGAUGGUGAGGAUGAAGUCGGAAGAGACGUGGAAAAUCGAACGACGAAGACAGUCGAUGUUAGCAUUGAGCCUGUUGAAACUACCGAUGCAGCUGGACCCUCGGAGAGUAGGGGUUGA